CCUCCCCGUUGGCAUUGACUGCUCUUUUGCGUCACUUCCGGCGCCCUUUGGGCUGGUACCCGGAAGUGGGGAAUAUUUGAGGUGUCGCUAUGUGGCCGGAAAGAAAAAAGUUUCCACACGAUAUGGCUACUUCCAGGUUUUCUGGCAUGGAACUACUAAGGAAUGUAAUGUGCAUUAAACAGCUGGUGUAUUUUGCCUGAAGGGCACUAUGUUUCAAAGGCACACAGAGGAGACCAGAGGCAGCUGAUCUUCAAUCACGGGCAGGAGGCACGAGGGAGGAAGUGGAGAGCCAGACCGCGCUGGAGGGCAAGGCUGAAGCAGAAAGCAGAAGCGGAAUGGAGGUGAAGAGCUGAGUUCCUUUUUGUAUCAUUGGUUCUGGGGAUGAUGUUCGUGUGUUUUGAAUCUGUAACAACUGGCUGACAACAGGAGUCUCUCUCUUUCUCUAGCUUGCCUGUUCAAACUGUCCUGAAAUGGGUAGGUUCAGUAUUUCUUGUCUGUUUCCUGCUUCUUGGCACUUCAGCAUUUCCCCGGUAGGGUGUCCUCGAAUACUGAACACCAUGUUACGGCAGAUCAUUGUCAUUGGGUUGCUUGCUAUUGCAUUCGUCUUGCUGUACUAUUCCAUUGUAAAAUAUGGCUACAGGGACAAAAAGCUGCACAGGUAUCUUGCUCGAGUAACCGACACAGAAGCCACAGAUACCAACAAUCCCAGGCUGAACUAUGGCAUUAUGGUAGACUGUGGUAGCAGUGGAUCUAGGAUCUUUGUGUAUUGGUGGCCAAGACACAAUGGCAAUCCACAUGAUUUGCUGGACAUCAAACAAAUGAGGGACAAAAACAGCAAACCAGUGGUUAUGAAAAUUAAACCAGGCAUUUCAGAAUUUGCUACCUCUCCUGAAAAAGUCAGUGAUUAUAUUUUCCCACUUCUGAGCUUUGCUGCAGAACAUGUACCCCGUGCAAAACAUAAGGAAACACCUCUGUAUAUCCUGUGUACAGCAGGGAUGAGAAUCUUGCCAGAGAGCCAGCAAAAGGCUAUACUAGAAGACCUGCUUACUGAUAUCCCAGUGCAUUUUGAUUUUCUGUUUUCGGACUCCCACGCUGAGGUUAUUUCAGGAAAACAGGAAGGAGUAUAUGCAUGGAUUGGCAUUAACUUUGUCCUUGGAAGAUUUGAGCAUACCGAUGAUGAGGAUGAUGCUGUAGUGGAGGUACAUAUUACUGGCAGUGAAAACAAGGAGGCGAUUCUUCGAAAGAGGACUGUGGGUAUACUUGACAUGGGUGGUGUGUCAACUCAAAUAGCAUACGAAGUACCUAAAACUGUAAGCUUUGCCUCUUCACAGCAGGAGGAGAUAGCCAAGAACCUACUUGCAGAAUUUAAUCUGGGGUGCGAUGCUCACCAAACUGAACACGUGUACCGAGUCUAUGUGGCAACUUUCCUCGGCUUUGGUGGAAAUGCUGCACGGCAGAGAUAUGCAGACAGCAUAUUUACCAACACAGUAUUUAGAAACAGGCUUCUAGGCAAACAAACUGGUAUGACUUUGGAUACUCCUUAUUUAGACCCUUGCCUGCCUUUGGAUGUUGAGGAUGAAAUCCAGCAGAAUGGGCAGAAGAUGCAUUUUCGAGGGACAGGAGAUUUUGACCUGUGCCGUGAUGUUAUUCAGCCUUUCAUGAAUAAGACAAAUGAGACGCAAACAUCCUUGAAUGGCAUUUAUCAGCCUCCCGUGCACUUUGAGAACAGCGAGUUCUAUGGGUUCUCGGAAUUCUACUACUGUACCGAGGAUGUAUUACGGAUGGGGGGAGACUACAACGCUGCUAAUUUUAUUAAAGCUGCAAAGGAUUAUUGUGCAACGAAGUGGUCUGUUCUACGGGAACGUUUUGACCGUGGCCUUUAUGCGUCACAUGCAGACCUUCAUCGAUUGAAGUAUCAAUGCUUUAAGUCAGCCUGGAUGUACGAAGUGUUUCAUAACGGCUUCUCUUUUCCCGUAAACUAUGGCAAUUUAAAAACUGCACUGCAGGUCUAUGACAAAGAGGUGCAGUGGACGCUGGGGGCUAUCCUCUAUCGAACACGAUUUUUGCCUUUGAGAGACAUCCAGCAGGAGAGCUUCCGAGGCAAUCACUCCCACUGGCGCAGCUUCUCUUUUGUUUACAACCAUUACUUAUUCUUUGCCUGCUUCUUCAUCGUGCUGCUGUCCAUCCUGCUGUACCUGCUGCGGUUGCGACGGAUUCACCGGCGAAUGCUGCACAGCGGCCCAUCCCCUUCCCUCUGGAUUGAAGAAGGCCUUCCACCACAGAAGAUCCCAGGAGCCUUAUAAGCUGCUGAACAAACACUGGUCUUAAGACUUGCUAAAGAAAAAGCCAUCAGUUUUGCCUCAGGGUUCUUUUUUCAUCCCUAGAAACCAUUGCCUGAGCCUCUUGCUGCAGCAUUGGCAUCGAGGGGUCACCCACAUCUGGAGGACUGAGGAAAAAAGCAGGGUCAACUCGGCUUGGCUAGACUGGGGGGAAAUCAGCCAAUUUUUUUUAAAAAAAACACAAGUUAAAAGUAAAUGCACUUUGACAUAGGGAGGAGGGGGGAGGGACAGGGAAGACUUGAUGCCAGUAAAUGAAUAAAUGCGAAAGAAGCAAGCUAGUCUGUUCUCAGUAACUGCUGUGAUUGUUCUUUCGAAACGUGGUAAGCCAGCUCAUCAGAUUUUUUAAGGAUGUGAGUGAUGUUAUCUUAAUUUAUCAUCCAUCCCCCAAGGCAGGGGUGGGAAAUGGAAUCCAGCCCCAUUGCUAUUUCCUCUGCCCUCCACGCCCACAAUGACGUUGGUUGACCUGUUUUUGUCCGCACAGUUUGAUUUCAAACUGCAGGCAAAGGCACAGACAUCAGCUGUUUGUCAGGGCUGGCGGACUGCUAUGCACAGUGUCUUUUGGCCCUGCCACAUCUUAACCUACCCCAUAUACGAUAUCAGAUGCCAGGCACAUAUGUUUGGCUUGGCUGAAACAGCAUGACAGGCCAGAGGUCCCCCCCGCCCCGCUGCCUUAGCGGUUAUCAUUUGUCCCCAAGCUCCACUCCCUCCUUAUGCACCUGAGCCACUUUAAUCUAUUCCUUUCUGGCCUGAACAGCAACAGCAGCGUUAGCAGAACUCUCCUUUCCUGUUCUCCUGUGUCUUGGCCUGCUCAGUGGAACCAGCAUCUGAGGAGAACGGCAUAAAGGGGGGCAUGCUGCUAUUGUGAGGAGAGUGGCAUUGAAGAGCCCUUUGCCUGUGUGAGCAAAUGCACCUCAUAAGGCAAGGGCUCCACCAAAUCCUCUGCUGCUGUUCACACUGGGGAGGCGGGUCCUAAAGAGCCCUUUGCUGGUGUCGGCUGGCGCAGGAGUAUGUCAGUGGGCAGUGCCAAUACGGCUGGUGUCAAAGCCCUCGCUCAGUUCAAAAUGUUACCUCUCUUACAACUAUUUUGUAAACAAAUGCUAACCAGGGCAUUUGAGAUUCUGAGUUUCAUUCUAAAAAGAGGUAUAUAGGGUUAUGCAGUCUGUUAAAUUUGUGAUGCGUACAACAUUCUUGCAAUUUUGUGAUGGAGCAAGUCUGGCUGGCCAUUGUAAUGUACUGGUGAUGGAAAAUGCACCAAUAACAUUGGACAAUCAGCCUUGCCUGGAAUCUUGUGUGUGUGCUUGGUAGCACUCGUGCUGCAACAGAACUUAAUUGUAAGUGUGACUUUUAAUCUUUGGGCUGGACAGUAAUCCUUUAUCGUAGCAAAGAAUUGGGAAAGACUUCUGUAUCAUGGUGGAACGAUAACACGUAUGCCAUCACUUCCUAAUUUCUGGCUAUAGAAACUGUUUUUUACUUGAAAGAACAUGUUCAUAAUUUAAAGUGGCAUUUGUGUGAAUGUCUCAUAAAAUACAACAGUUAUCUUUGAAAGCA